AUGGCCCUGAACGACGUGUCCCUGUGCGCCGGCGACCGACGGAACACGGUGGCCUGGCGCGCUCCCCGCGGCGGCCUAGGUCCGCCGGCGUCAGCGCUGGCAACGGUCUCUGGAGACAGCGCCCUCGUGGCCAGGCCCGGGGCGACCCACCCGGGACCUCCCCUUCGGCAUGCGACCCAGUCGGGCGCCCGGGCCGAGAGACGUCGGGCGACUGGCAGCGGCUGGGGCCCGCCGCGCUCCGUGAAGGGAAGGGACCCGGACGGGCGGCGCCGGGGCCGCGCGGCGAGGUUCUCCCCGUACCCGGCCCCCGGCGCGGGACUGGGCCUGCUGCGGGGCGCGCGCGCGGCGCUGCGACUGUGA